UCAGUUAACCAACACUGCGGCUGGUAAUGUUUUUGCUCCAAACUGUUUGAAACGAUGUCGCUGGGCAAGAAGCACGUGUCGGGAUUCUCUUCGAAUGGUGGCAAACACUUCGCUUUGGUUGACGACGAAGGCAUACUUCGGAUAUGGGACACCGAGGCGAACACACUGAAGCAGGAAUACACACCCAACCUGCAGCUAGCUGGUCCCUGCACAGCACUCACGUGGCUAACAAUUGCUGCACAGCGUCCGAAAAAGACGCGCAAAACGCAGCAGCAAACACAGAUUUCCUCCGACAAUGAUAGGGAAUAUAUAGCGCUGGGCACACUCAAGGGCGCCGUGGUGCUGUAUUCCUUAACCGAGGGAAAGAUUGAGCGCACGCUGAGCAAUGAAAGCCACCAUGGAGCAGUCACUGCGAUUGUCUAUGAUGCCCACAAUGGGCAUCUGUAUAGUGUGGGCACAGAUUGUCGAGCGUUGAUUUGGUCUGUGGCGGAGGCUCGUUGCAUUUCCGACUUCUCCGUUGGCCCAGAGAAGCCCGUAAAUUGUGUUUUUUUGGCCAAGAGUCGCACAUUGGCCGUUGCCUCGCGUCAACUGAAAAUCUAUGAUGUGGACAACGUUGAGUUGGUAGAAACAUGCACGGGACACUCUGGCGAAAUUAAUGCCAUCAAUAGUUUUACUUGUACUAAGAAUAAUGUGGAAUAUGUGAUGACAACAGCAAAAAUGGAACGUGUAAUUUCCUUUUGGAAAAUUGAGAAAAAGGGUAGAAAUAAGGCAUCGAUGUGCACGCUGCUCAUGGAGGAUGUGGCCCACAGUUUGACGUGUGAGGUGCGCGAAGAUGGCCAGUUGCGUGUGGCUAGUGUGACACGCAAUGGCAACAUACACAUCUAUAUGCUCAAUGUGGAAAGUUUGUCAACUGAGAAAUAUAUCAAGCCAAAGGUGUCACUGCAAAUUGCCUCGGAUGGCGGCGAUGUUGUUGAACCCAUCCAUGCUGUUGCCGCUCACUUUGUGUAUGAUGCCCAACGUUCGCACGAGAUACUCUUUGGCUACGGCAAUCGGCGUCUCUUGCAAUUCGAGCGAUAUACUCCAAAUUAUGCGGAGAAGCUGAAUGUAAUUGUUCGCACAGAUCCCAAGAAAUUGUAUGCGAAGAAGCAGAGCGGAUCGGGAGCUGCUGCUCUGAAGACACAAACGCCCAUUGUUCAGUCCAAGCAGGUGGAGUACAAUAGUGCUCUGCCAAUUUCCAAGAAGAAGGUCAGGAAUGAGGUGCCAAUGGAGGCGCGUCUGCAAAACUUAUCCAUUCAAGCAUCCAAAUUGGCAGGUGGCAAAUUGCAGAGCCAAAGCAAAACGCAGCUUUUAAUGCAAGCGCUGCACAGUCAGGAUCAAAGCAUGCUGCAUGCAGUUCUGGACACAAAUGAUGCAAAGACUGUGCAAUUAACUUUGGAUCGCCUGCCGCUGGAAUAUAUCAGUCCCUUGAUCAAUGAGCUCUCUGUGUUAUUGCAGGGCAAAGCAACCGACGUAAAUUGUGCUCUGCGCUGGCUGCAGAUUUUGGCGACAACACACACGAGCAUUAUGAUGUCCGAGGAUAAGGAGGAGCUCCGGGACAAGUUGGGCAUUUGUCUGGGCAUUGCUGAGCAGCGGAUGCAUUGCCUCGCCGAAGCACUACAAGUUUCUGGGCGUGUUAACUUGAUUAUAAAUCAAAUGAAACGUAAUUCGGAUAAGCAUUUGAAUGAAAACAAUGUUUUAGUUGUUGACGAGGAUCCCGAUGAGGAUGUUGAUUCCACCAACAAUUGGAGCGAUUUGGAGGAGGAAAAUGUGAAUUUAAAUCAUGAUGAAAACAUGGAAGCCGAUGAUGAUUUGGCUGCCGAUGAGGAGGAUCUAAUAAUGACACAGAAUUCUUCGGAUGAUGACCAGAAUGACACAGAUUCAGAUGCUGCAAAUUGAAAUGUUUUCUGCGCCACUCCCUAAAAAUAACAACAAUAAGGUUUUUUCCAAAUACACAUUUUAUGCU